GAUGGAUUCGUUGCACUCGGAACCUUCCCCUGAUGAUUCAGGUUCUUCAAAUGAAGGAAACCCAUUCCUAGAAUUAUUCAAAAUUCUGUGUCCAGGGAGGCGCCCAAAAGACGGCAUGUGUUUGCAGAUGGCAGAAUGCACACCUGAUCCACGCACCAUCAAGACUCACCUGCCAUUUUCCCUCCUUCCUUCCUCGAUGCUUGACACAUCCAAGGUAGUAUAUGUGGCUAGCUAGAAAUCCUAAGGACAUGUUGGUAUCCUAUCAUCACCACUGUCAACUUAUCAAUAUGCAUGGUUUCGUUGGAACACUUGAGGAUUUCAUUCAGUACUUCGUGGACGAUGACUUGGUGUAUGGAACAUAUGCCGAACACUUAAAGGAAGCAUGGGAGAGGCGCAACCAUCCCAACCUUCACAUAAUGUUCUAUGAGGACAUGAAGGGUGACAUAAAUGAAGAGCUGAAAAGGUUAGACGCCUUUCUGGGAACAAAUUUAACACCACAGCAACUGGACAAUGUUGCUCGACACACGAGUUUCAAAGAGAUGAAAAAAAGAGAAGAGAUAACUUUGGGAGCAGGAACUGGAGAAAAAAUGUUUAAUCAAGAAAUUACAAAGAGGGAUGGUGGAUUCUUCAGGAAAGGUGAAACUGGUGACUGGAAGAACAAACUCUCUCCAGAGCUCACAGCCAAAGUGGAUGCAUGGAUUGAGAAAAACAUUAAUAAUAUUAGUGUAGGUUUCAGAUAUUCCAUCUGAAAGUGUCCAACGACAAUAAAAGUUUAGUUUUUGCAUGUUCCAGAUACAGA